ACUAGAGUGAAUUUUUCUGGUUUGGGUAAAUUUUACCCUUUUCCCCCAAAUGAUUUUUCCUUUUCUUUUCAAACAACAAAGCUGAGUUAAGGUGCAUUUUUUUAUUUCUUUAAUUUGUCAUUUUUUCAUUCUUUCACAAUUUUCCCCCAAAUUUUUGAGGAAUCAAACAUAGCCUAAGAAAAAAUGGCAUAUUGUGGACCCGCAAAUGAUGUGGUUUUGGGACAAAUUUGGGAACCUACAAAUAUGUUUGUGUUAAAUAUUUAGAUGUCAAAUAAAAAUGUACCCUCAAAUGAAAUUACUGUGGAGAGAUGAAUACAAACAUGCUUCUAAGUUAUUUCAAUUAGACAUUUUUAGCUGUGUGCACGGUUGGAUAUCCGCCAAAACAUGAUUUGAGAAUUUAUAGGACAUGGAUGUAGUGCUGUUCAAGGCAACAUAAUGUGGUGGCAUACAUCAAGCAUUUUGAAACUGAAAAUAAGAACUCUGCUAUCCCUAUACUACCAAAAUUGAGAGAUUCAUUUGAGUUCACUAUCAUAUCCUACAUUCAUCAAUUAUUUUCCCGUUUCAUUUCUAGUUGUCCUUUUCUAUUUUAACUACCAACUUUGACCAAUCUUCUAUAUUGGUUGACGUAGAAACUCGCUACUCACUCUAAAUAGAGUUAGAUUAAUAAAGAUAACGGUGCCUUCAUACUUUACACAACAUAUAGCUUAUGGUUUAUUUAUUGGAUCAAGAUUUCUACCACCAAAAUAUUUGCAUAUAUUUAAUUUGACGUGAUAAUUAAGGUUGAGAUAUGAGAAAAUCUAAAAUAUCACCCAUUCAAAGAAAAAAUCUAGCCUUGGAUUAUGUACACCUUUUGGGAAUCCUCCUAUCAUGUCUCUCACAUGUAUUCACCUUUCUCUUCAUAGCUGGAGAUGGUAGGUGAGAGGAAAAUGUUGGUUCUCCACCAUCUAUAUAACGCCUUCUGCAAGUUUAUAGAUAGUCAUCAAAUUUGAAGGGUUCUUCUUUAUUAUCAGGUUCCAAGGAAAAUCAAUCCGGUGUAAGAUGAAGCUACUCAAUGGGAUCAAUAGCAAUAAGAAAUCAUGUCAACAAGGAAAUGGUGAUUUGAUUUCGGAUGAAAAGCUUACUGCUCUUGUGGUAGAUAGCGAUAUAAUUUGUCAAGUAUUGGAAAAAGCAAUUUUAGAAUCUCAAGGCAUUCAAGCCCAGGUUGUGGGGAGUGGGAGAGAUGCUAUAGAUCUCUUAGCCUCUGGGGUGAAUUUUGAUCUCAUUAUCAUAGCUAUGGUGCUCCCGAUCAUGAACGGGGUUGAGACCACUAGGCAAAUUCGAGCAAUGGGCAUUCGUAGCAAAAUGUUGGGCGUUACUGCUUGCUCAUAUGAAAGGGAGAGACGAGCGUUUUUGGAUGCUGGUGUGGAUGAGUUUAUUGAGAAGCCGCUUACUCCUCAAAAGUUGGCAUCUGUUUUGAGAGAGAUCAGAAAUGCUUGAAAGAAAGAUGGACCCAAUAGAAGAUCCGAUUAAGUUGUGCUAAGUCAUGUCUUGCUUAUUUUUCUCUCUCUUCUAUUUUUUUCUCCCUGAAGUUGAUGUACUAUUGUCACUAGACAAACAAAGAAUAUUUAUAGUGACAAUUGUAAUAAUAAUAAUAUUAGAAAAUUGGGUCCUCUAACUUUAAUGAGAAAGUGUUAGUGGUUAGUUUGUUUGAA